CUAAUCUACAGUGUGCUGGGACGAAAUUGCUGUUGAGGUUGUUCACUUUUAUGAUGUGUUGCUGAAACCAGUGGCAUAUUCCUGAUCUUCAAUCCAACACUCAGUAUCCGAAGUGGCAAGCAUGCUGCGCGUCUGUUGGAAAGGGGCACAUGCAGCAGCGCGGCAAUGUGUGUGUGGUAAAGUGAAGGCCCAUCCAUUACAGCACUGCCGCAGAUACACCACAGCAGGAAACUCUGGAUCCUCCGCUGGGAAAAUAGUGGCUGCUAGUCUUUUAACAGUGGGUGGUGGUCUUGGUGGGACUAUCCUUUAUGCCAAAUGGGACCCAAAAUUUCGGUCAUCUAUAGAGAAGAGUGUUCCCUAUUCGGAUCAACUAUUUGACAUGGUGCUAGGGGCACCCCCUUCUCCACCCGUACCUAUACAAAAGAAACCGGAGACUGUCAAACCACUGCAAAUCUCUUCAUUGUCAGAAGCAACUAAAGACUCCAAACAGCCUAAAGCUAAAGCCAAGAAGUCUGAUCCAGCACCUCCACCUUCUGUAGAGGAAGCUCCAGCACCAGCGCCAGCUCUUCAGUCACUGGAGGAAGCCUCAGCAGAGGCGGCUCAUAUUAUUUCGGCUAUCAGCGAAGUGCCCUCUGUGCCCGCACCAGGUACAAGUGAUGAAAGCCCAUCUGGCCACUCGGCGGCAGCUGAAGAGUGUUGUAAGGAAUGCACUGAACCUGAACCGGCUGUGAAGGAAAGGCCAGCGGAGGAAGUGACCGCUAGACUGGCUCAACAGGAUAAAGCUGAGCUGGAUGCGCUGGCAGCUCUCACUGCUGGACUGGAAGAAACUCUCGGCAGCUCAGCUAAAGUCACCCUGCAGGCCAUCGGAGCUCAGGAGGCUGCGCUGACCGCCAUCGCUGCUCACACAGACAAACUCAGAGAAGCCAUGGACUCAGAGACUCCUCCAGAUGAGAAGUCCACUCAGGCACUGAAUGAGGCUCUGAACGAGAGGGCCAGAGCUGUGGACGAUGCUGGAGAAGCCCUGUUCAAAGCCAAAGGAGAGCUUGAAAAGCUGCGUAGUGUGAUCGACAAAGCAAAACAAUCCAAGAUUGAUUCGGCGAGACCGCAGAUCCUGGCCGCUGAGGAGAACUUGCACAGCAUGAUUGUGGAUCUGGACAAAGUUGUAACCAAGGUGCAGACGGCACAGUCCGAGGCCAAGAUCGUGUCUCAGUACAGUGAGCUGGUAAAUGAAGCUAAAGCUCAGUUCCAGCAGGAGCUUGCCAACAUCACACCUGAGAUCCAGGCCAACUGGAAAGGACUAUCGGGAAAGCUGAGCGCAGAUGAUCUGAACUCUCUGAUUGCUCAUGCCCACCGGCGCAUCGACCAGCUAAACCGAGAGCUGGCAGAGCAGCGCGUGAGGGAGCAGAUCCACAUUGAAGUGGCUCUAGAGCAGCAGAAGCUGGAGGAUCAGAAAGCGCAGGAGAGAGCCGUGAUUUCUGCUCUGGAGCACAGCCGAGAGGACAUGAGACUCGAGCAGGAAAAAAAGGUUCAGGAGGUGCGUGAAGUGAUGGAGGCUGAGAUGAGGACUCAGUUGCGUCGUCAGGCUGCUGCACACACAGAUCACCUGCGGGACGUGCUCAAGGUUCAGGAACAGGAGCUGCGUGAAGAGGCUCAAGAGAUUCUGAACAGUAAGAUGAUGGAGCAAGAAACUCAUUACCGCAGACUGACUCAAGAACAGCUGGACACCUUCACCCUGGACAUGAACGCAGCUUACGCUCGUCUGAAAGGCAUUGAAGAGGCCAUAGACAGUCAUGUGAUUGCUGAGGAAGAGGCUCGUAAAGCUCACCAGCUGUGGCUUUCGGUUGAAGCUCUAAACUACACGCUGAAAUCUGCAGGUGCUGAUUCCCCCACUGAGCCUCUAGAGGGCGCUGUACGUGCUAUUAAAGAAAGCUGCGCAGAAAACGAAUUUGCACAGGCACUGGCCAUCGCCAUUCCUGAAGAGUCCCUCAACCGAGGAAUCUACAGUGAAGCUUCCCUUCGCGCACGUUUCUACGACAUCCGCAGGCUCGCACGACGUGUGGCGCUUAUCGACGAAACCCGCAACAGCCUUUACCAGUACUUCCUGUCCUACCUACAGUCCGUCCUUUUGUUUGAGAGGGAUCAAGAAGCGCCACCUGCGAAACUAGCCCCUGAAGAUCUUGACACAUUCAAGCUGCUAGCCUACGCUACUUACAGCAUCGAGCGCGGCGACCUGGAACUAGCCGCUAAGUUCGUCAACCAACUUCGCGGAGAGUCACAGCGCGUGGCGCAGGACUGGCUCAAAGAAGCCCGGCUCACUUUAGAAACAAAGCAGGUGAUUAGCUUGCUAUCAGCAUAUGCUAAUGCGGUAGGCUUGGGCACCACACAGGCCCCUUAGCCACACCCACUCUGUGGAGAUUAUGUAAAUUAUGAGGAGUGUUGCUCGCCCGCUAUUAAUAGAACCUUCCGCUCCUCUGAUUAAUUUAUUAAUAGGUUGCGUGCUAGCCCAAAAUAUUAGCGUUUCUCAUCUCCCCGAUGCACUUUUUUCCAGGAAGUCCUUGCCCUUAAAAGUACUCUUAAGUGGCCUACCAUGCAGAACAACCAGUAGCUGUACCUCAUUUGCGGGAAACGCAUCUCAAAGGUUUUGUUGAGCUUGGCAGUGGCACUCCUCAGUGUAUAUGGUGCACUCUCACUGGUUAGGAUCAAAUGCGCAGGUUGAAGGGCCGCUGGAUCAGCACUGUGGUUGGCAGCUUUACUCCUGUUCACCAUUUCACAAUGUAACUCUUCAGUUUCAAAGUUAUAUUUACUGGUUGUUUAUUAACCCAGACUGUUGAGAAUCAGUCCUUCUCUCAUUCAGUAUUGGCGAUCAAUAAAUCAUGGUUGUUGACAUGAA